GCCGCAAGCAGUAGUGCCAGAUACCAAGAACCUUCAUCAGAGCCAUGCCGAACCGCUACUGAAUCUGCAUAUUUCAACACGUAUGCGGCAGGAUGAGCUGUCCGUUAUCCGAAAUGAUUGUAUCCAUCAAUAAGAUCAAGCUUUUUGUCGGCGACAGGAACAAUAACCCACAUUCAGAUGCAGAGAUUUGUCCCCUGAGAUUAAAUAAAAAGAGGAAAUGAAGAAUUAGCACAGUUGCAUGGGAGGAAGGGCACUGCAUGCUCGCCUCCUCUAUAAAACCCCAGCCCCCGGGCUUCCCAGCUCCACACCACAGCAAGCUCCAACCAGGGAUCAGAUCUACACAGAGAGCAAACUCUCCUACUUUCAUCGCAUCUCUUCAGUUCAUCAAGCUAAAUGGGGAGUGUGAGGAGCCAAGGCAAGCAAGGGGGGAGGGUGAGCAGAGCUCUGAAAGAGCAUAGAGCCAGGCUCUACAUCAUCCAUAGGUGCAUCGUCAUGCUCCUUUGCUGGCAUGACUGAGCUCCAAGCUGCAUUUUCGUUCCUCCAUGGAACCCAUGAAGUCAAGGGUCCAUCCAUGGAGAAGUCACACUUAGAUAGGGAAGUAUCAUCAGUUAGUUAGGAGUAGAAGUAGAAGCUAGGAAGGAACUCCCAUGCUCAUGGCAUAUUGCUCUCAAGAAAGCUUGGUAGACUAGACAUUCUAUCAGUUGUUUCUUUACCAUGAGUUAUUAGUAUUUAUUUUUCCAUUUUUUCUCCACCUGUUUUCCCAUCUGCCAUCCCUUAGGCAGUGGGAUAUAUGCGGCUGCUGUAUCUUUUUGGACAUGUUGUGUACUGUACCCAUGCAUGGUCUGAUAGAGAUGAUUCAGUGAAAGAAUCAAAGUCGAACAUGGACUCUUGUCCUUCUACUAUGAAAUGAAUAUAUAUUCCAUCUUCUUUGGUUGUGGAGGUCA